GGCGUGUGUUUGAAAUAUUUUACUAGUCAUUUUAACUGAUAAUUACAUAAAUUUAUAAAGUAAACGUGAAACACAGUAUACUAUGGUUGAAAUAGGAUAUGAUCAUCUUUGAUAUAUAAUAUUGAUUCACAUUUGAUUUUGCAGAAAAAGACUUACCUCUUCUUGAAGAUAUAUUGGCAAAGAUGAAUGAUGAUUGUAGUGAUGAUUUCGAUUAUCAGUCAGAUUUCACACAGUUCUUGAAAGAAGCCAGAAGCACCGCCUUCCAACUAAAUCAAAAUGCAGUCACUAACGAGAAAAAACAGUUGGAUUGGGAGGAAAAAACGCAGAGGAAAUCAUGGAAAAAAUUCCUAUUUUCUUGGUUGAAGUGGGACAGUAAAAAUAACUCAAUCAAGCAACCACCUCAAACCACGGGCCCCGCCUUGAAGGCGAGAAUCAAACGACCCGUUACCUCGGGGCCCCUAAUCGGGCUUUUUGGCUCGGGCGGGAGCCCAGAGGAGAAAUGUGAGGUGCCGUACAUGUGCCUUGGGGAGCUAAACAAGCAUAAGAUUCAAGCUUAUGGGCCUAUUUACUUGGUGACAUAGACAAGAGAUUUGUAAUGUUUUUUGUUAGAUAAAUUAAGGUUUAAUUCUGGGAAAUGCAUUUUAAUGAGUGUUGGUUGGAUGAAGUGCAAAAUCUUAGCUUUGGAUUGUUGUUUGAUGCUAUCUUCUUGUAGACCACACAUUUUGCUUGUAGUUGGCUCAACAUGGCAUCCCCAUAAAAUUGUUUUAUUCAUUUC